UCAACUAUUAACACACGUGUGUUUGCUCAAAAGUUGUCAUCCUGAGAUCCAAGAUGAUGCAAAGGGCAUUUGGUGCCGUGUACAGGACAACUAACAGGCUUGCAUGGUUGGGCAGGAGAAGUUACUCCUAUGAAUCAGAUGGAGAAUUUGAUUCCAACUCGAGACCUGAGACUACAUCUAGUGUACAGUUAUAUGAAAGAAGUGUCAACAGAGUGACGUUGCUUGGUAGGGUUGGAAAAGAACCUUACUUCAGUACCAGCAGUUUCAAAUACGCGAACUUCCCACUUGCUACAUCAAUAUACUACAAACAGCAAGGCACGGAUGAGACAAAACAGACGACAACAUGGCACGAUGUAAAAGUGAUAAAGCCUUUGGCUGUUGCCAAGCUUCAUGACAUUGGAACAGGGUCACGCCUGUAUAUAGAGGGCAGGCUGGAAAACAGGUCCAGUAAAGGUAAAGACGGAAAGCAACAGUACAGAACUUCUGUGGUUGCUGAUCUCAUCAUUGUUUUAGCACUAAAGGAGAAAACAGAAGAACAUAUUUCAUUUGACACAGAUAGGACAUGAGACUUUAAAGAGUCCUUACCUUUGAUGUAAUGUCGGCAUGAUGAGGACAGUAACCUUUGAUGUAAUGUCAACAUGAUGAGGACGGUUACCUUUGAUGUAAUGUCAGCAUGAUGAGAACAGUUACCUUUGAUGUAAUGUCAGCAUGAUGAGGACAGUAACCUUUGAUGUAAUGUCAACAUGAUGAGACCGGUAACCAUUGAUGUAAUGUCAACAUGAUGAGACCGGUUACCUUUGAUGUAAUGUCAACAGGUUGAGGAUGGUUACCUUUGAUGUAAUGUCAAUAUGAUGAGGACAGUUGCCUUUGAUGUAAUGUCAACAUGAUGAGACCGGUUACCUUUGAUGUAAUGUCAACAUGAUGAGGACAGUAACCUUUGAUGUAAUGUCAGCAUGAUGAGGACAGUGACCUUUGAUGUAAUGUCAGCAUGAUGAGGACAGUUACCUUUGAUGUAAUGUCAACAUGAUGAGACUGGUUACCUUUGAUGUAAUGUCAACAUGAUGAUACUGGUUACCUUUGAUGUAAUGUCAACAUGAUGAUACUGGUUACCUUUGAUGUAAUGUCAACAUGAUGAUACUGGUUACCUUUGAUGUAAUGUCAACAUGAUGAGACCGGUUACCUUUGAUGUAAUGUCAACAUGAUGAUACUGGUUACCUUUGAUGUAAUGUCAACAUGAUGAUACUGGUUACCUUUGAUGUAAUGUCAACAUGAUGAGGCCAGUUACCUUUGAUGUAAUGUCAACAUGAUGAGACCCGUUACCUUUGAUGUAAUGUCAUCAUGAUGAGAACAUUUACCUUUGAUGUAAUGUCACCAUGAUGAGAACAUUUACCUUUGAUGUAAUGUCAACAUGCUGAGACCCGUUACCUUUGAUGUAAUGUCAGCAUGAUGAGAACAUUUACCUUUGAUGUAAUGUCACCAUGAUGAGAACAUUUACCUUUGAUGUAAUGUCACCAUGAUGAGAACAUUUACCUUUGAUGUAAUGUCACCAUGAUGAGAACAUUUACCUUUGAUGUAAUGUCACCAUGAUGAGAACAUUUACCUUUGAUGUAAUGUCACCAUGAUGAGAACAUUUACCUUUGAUGUAAUGUCAACAUGCUGAGACCCGUUACCUUUGAUGUAAUGUCAGCAUGAUGCGAACAUUUACCUUUGAUGUAAUGUCAACAUGAUGAGAAAAUUUACCUUUGAUGUAAUGUCAACAUGAUGAGACCCGUUACCUUUGAUGUAAUGUCAGCAUGAUGCGAACAUUUACCUUUGAUGUAAUGUCAACAUGCUGAGACCCGUUACCUUUGAUGUAAUGUCAGCAUGAUGAGAACAUUUACCUUUGAUGUAAUGUCACCAUGAUGAGAACAUUUACCUUUGAUGUAAUGUCACCAUGAUGAGAACAUUUACCUUUGAUGUAAUGUCAACAUGCUGAGACCCGUUACCUUUGAUGUAAUGUCAGCAUGAUGAGAACAUUUACCUUUGAUGUAAUGUCAACAUGAUGAGACUGGUUACCUUUGAUGUAAUGUCAACAUGAUGAUACUGGUUACCUUUGAUGUAAUGUCAACAUGAUGAUACUGGUUACCUUUGAUGUAAUGUCAACAUGAUGAGGACAGUUACCUUUAAUGUAAUGUCAACAUGAUGAGGACAGUUACCGUUGAUGUAAUGUCAACAUGAUGAGGACAGUUACCUUUGAUGUAAUGUCAACAUGAUGAGAACAUUUACCUUUGAUGUAAUGUCAACAUGAUGAGAACAGUUACCUGUAUUGUAAUGUCAACACAGUGAGGACAGUUAUCUUUGAUGUAAUGUCAACACAUUGAGGACAGUUAUCUGUAAUGUAAUGUCAACACAUUGAGGACAGUUAUCUGUAAUGUAAUGUCAACACAUUGAGGACAGUUAUCUGUAAUGUUAUGUCAACACAUUGAGGACAGUUACCAGUUGGUAGUAGUGCUAUGUCGGUAGAGAAGGGACAACUAACUGCAGGGAAUGAAAAUAGCUGAGGAAAUUACAACGGGUACUUUUUUGAACAGAGAUAGUUUGAACAAUGUUUUAUUUAGCGUGUUGUGAAGCAUUUUUAUCAAUUUUAGCAGAGGUUAGCUUGCUGGUUAAUUACAAGUGUGACAUUAUUUUGAGGUAUAAUGUAGAAUUACUCUACUACAGGAGUUAUUAAAUCCGUUUUUAAUCAAAACAGUGAAUGUUUUGGAUGUUGUACUACAAAACGGAGACUAUCAAACAAGUAAAUAGAGGAUAUGUCAUAAGUUUCCCUUCAUAUUAGAUUUAUGAUACAAGUUUUGGAUUUUUCUUGUUUGCGAGCCUCUGGUGAACAAAUAUGAAAAAUACAAAACAAGUAUCAUAAAAGAUAUAUAUUAUUGUUUUUGUUAUUUUAAAUGUGAGUUGUUUUUCCAACUUAAGUAUCAGCAUAUUUUUUAAUUACAGUACACGGGCAAAAUUUCUUGUUGUCAUUAUAACCAAAAAUUUUUGCCUGUGUUGUAAACUUUAUACAUAUGUAUAUAACUGUUGAAACCGCUAUACAGACUGUGAAUAUAAAUGUUUUAUUAGUCAUUUUCAUCAUUUCAUCAUUUAUACAGUAUUAUCUCUUGUCAUAACUAAUUGCCUUUGAUCCCCUGUAAGGACUAAGUAUGAUCAGACCAGAAGAUGGCCCAAACAUUUUCCAAAAAAUUAAGUCUGUUUAGAGGUAAGAUUCAGGAUAUUGUUUUAAUAAAUAAUUUUUAUAAGCGUUGAAGAUCGUCUAAGUGUUUUCCCAAAAAAUUAAGUCUGUUAAGAGAAAUUUCUAAUUUAUUUUAGAAAAAUGAUAAAUUAACCUAGGAUAAUUUGACUACAUGACAUUUUCAAAUGAAAAUGAUGAGAGAAAAGCAUUCAGAUCGAGGCUGGUGAAGGGAGAUAAAAAAGAAAAUGGACAAAAUAGUAAACUCCUGUCAGCAUUAAAAAGUUUAAUGUGAGCGGUCAAUGUUUCACAACCUUGAUAUUGGUAUAUAUACUUAGAUGUAUCACAGCCUUAUUUCUUUUAUCAUUUGGACCAAUGCUGUCCGUAAAUUAAUUGAAUAUUUGCUUGACAUUUUACUUUAGCAUUUUAAAAAACAAUUAGGGCCAAAAUUGUGUCUUACCAUACCUAGUCCUUUCAUAAACAUGUGCUUGAGAUGCAGUGUAUGUGUGUGAUGGAUGUUUGACAAUAAAAUGUCAAAAGUU